UUGGCGCACUGGUCACAUCGUCGCUAUUUGGUAACGCCUCCGCAGCGAACAGAGUUUGACUGUCUGUCGCCAUGCUGUUCCGAACGACCGUUUUUAAAGUAAACUACCAGGUAAGGGGUAUUUUAAGCCCCUUGCUAAACUCAAAUAGGAAAUACGCCGCUCUUGCCGAAGCAAAGUUGGUGUUGGAAAGCGAACUUGAGUCGAUCCGAGUUGCAGGGACGUGGAAAGGCGAGAGAGUGAUCACAUCCAAACAAGGACCGCGUAUCAAUGUGGAUGGGAGUCGUGGCGACAUACUGAACUUCUGUGCGAACAACUACUUGGGUCUCUCCAGUCACCCCGAGGUGAUCGAUGCUGGAGUUGAAGCCUUGAAGAAGUAUGGUGCCGGGCUCAGCUCCGUGAGGUUUAUCUGUGGUACGCAGGACCUUCACAAGCAGCUGGAGCAGAAAAUCGCCCAGUUCCAUGAGCGGGAGGAUGCCAUCCUGUAUGCCAGCUGUUUCGACGCCAACGCGGGCCUCUUUGAGGUCCUCCUGGGGCCCGACGAUGCGGUUUUGUCCGACGAGCUGAACCACGCCUCCAUCAUCGACGGGAUCCGGCUGUGCCGAGCUCGGAGGUUCCGCUAUCGGCACAUGGAUCUCAAUGACCUGGAGGAGAAGCUGAAGGAGUCGCAGUCCUCCAGGUUGCGGCUCGUCGUGACCGAUGGCGUCUUUUCGAUGGACGGCGACAUUGCGCCCCUGGUUGGGAUCUGUGACCUCGCCGAGCGAUACGGAGCGAUGGUUUUUAUCGACGAGUGCCAUGCCACUGGCUUUAUGGGUCCUAGAGGCCGGGGCACAGAUGAGCUGCUGGGAGUGAUGGACAGGGUGCACAUCGUCAACUCCACCCUGGGCAAGGCCCUGGGGGGUGCAGCUGGGGGUUACACGGUGGGUCCCAAAACCUUGAUCGACCUCCUGCGGCAGCGUUCGCGCCCGUACCUCUUCUCCAACUCCCUCCCCCCUCCGGUGGUGGGCUGCUCUGCCCGUGCCAUUGAGCUUCUGCUCCAGUCCAAUGAGAUUGCACAGAGUAUGGCGGCCAAGACCAAGAGGUUCAGAGAAUCGAUGACUAAGGCUGGCUUCACUAUCUCAGGCGCAAACCAUCCCAUCUGCCCAGUGAUGCUGGGGGAUGCACGGCUAGCCACUGUGAUGGCUGAGGACAUGCUGAAACUGGGAGUGUACGUGAUCGGGUUCUCUUACCCGGUGGUACCCAAGGGCAAGGCCCGCAUCCGGGUACAGAUCUCGGCCGCUCACUCGGACGCGGAUAUCGACCGCUGCGUCAGUGGCUUCAUACAGGUUGGGAGGAAGCAUGGAGUGGUGCCUUAAAGACAGAGGUGGUACAGGAACUGCAGGAAGAGGGGUGGUUGACAGAAACUACAUAAGGACUGUUACCUACAUAGACAAGUGACUGACUGUUACGUAGCAGUGAAUCGAUCAGUCUCAGUCUGUCUUGAUUUUCCCACUGGUAAAUGAAGAUGUGUAAUCAUUGUAACGCAGUUUAUUAAAAUUGUAAAGCUCCUCUGUU